CACCUACAUCCCCACGAUCACUUGCCACAAUGUCCUCAUUGAGAAACUUUGACAGGAUGGUUCGCGACCCCUGGGCCGAAUUCAUGCGAAGCUUGCCCCCUAUUGAUGCAAUGCUAAAUAUUCGGCUCAAUCACCUCAACCGUCGGGCCCCCGGUACCUGUGUCGACUUUUUUACAACGCAGAAUUAUCGCGACUUUCAAAAAAGGAAAAGCCAAUUGCUCCUCUGCGUUGCCGCAGCAGGCACUGGAAAGUCGAUUUUAGCAUCGGUAUUUUGCGAUAAGCUUGCAAGAGAAAACCAUCCUGUGGCAUCUUUGUUCGGACUUUGGGGUGGUGGGGCAGAAUUGAAGCGCGUUGAGCAUCUCCUCGCUCUUUUGCUUCAUCAGUUGGCCCUCGAAGCUGCACACAACAGUCGGGGAACGAUUUUAUCCAAAGUCAUACGGUUCGAAGAGUUAUCAGCCGCUAGGACACUGGACCAAGUUACCCACGAUCUAACUGCAGUUAUGCGACAUGGAUUUUCACACAAACGCGGGCCGUUCUAUUUUGUGUUAGACGGACUGGAUGAGUUCGAGAGGGAAAGCCUACGCAUUCUUCUGGCUAGAAUUUAUGGUCUUCGAAAAGAGUUCACGAUCAAAAUUUUCGCCACAUCAAGAUCCGUUGUCGAAAGUCUAGAGCCAUUCCAACCAUACAUCACCACCACUUUAGUAGAGUCCCCAACAAAGACCAUGGCCUACGUUAUCGAUUGUCUCCAGAACAUCCCUGAAACUAUUAUUCCUGACAAGACUGCUUUGGCUAGCCAGAUAAUUGCCGCUUCUGGAGGGAUACCGAUCAUUACCGACAACAUCAUCAAAUUCUUGCAAGAAACACGAACUGAAGCGCAAUUUAGACGAUUUUUCAAGUCCAUGAAUGAACUGGAUAAAAGCCUGACUCGGAUUUUUGAUGACCUUACGCGUGGCGUUCUGUCACGUCCAGGUAGCGGCUUUGCGUGGGAGGUGAUACAAUGGCUCACUUUCUCAGUGCGUCCUCUCACUAUUAGGGAGCUCCAGCACGCUCUCGCCGCGGACGUACUGGAGGACCUGGAGACGUUGCCUGAGAUCAAAACUAUCAUAUCAGAUCUUGGCGGAAUCAUACACUACGAUAAGCAAACUGAAAUCGUACGGUUUUUCCACCAGUCCGUACGAGAGUACUUCCUAAUCGCCCAUGGAGAACGGUUCCCCAGAGCCCAUGAAAAACUGACCUCUCGAUGCAUAGCGCAGAUAUCGCACAUCAUUUUCAAUGACGGCUCUUGCCAGUCAACCCAGGAACUACAAGACAGGUGCCGGACAAGUCCCUUUCUCAAAUACGCAGCUUGCAAUUGGGGCCACCACGCACAGAAAUGCCCUGAGCCAAGUGCAGAGGUCAUGAAAUUCCUCAGAAACGGAUUGAGGGUCGAAAUAUCGAGCCAGGCCAUCAUGAUGGAAAAUGGAUCUGAGCCGACUUUCCGUGGCAGAGGUGCCGAUGGUAAUGUGACGGGACUUCAUUUGGCCGCUUAUUUUGGACUACAAGAUGCAGCAUCUCUCUUGUUGGAAGGUGGGGAAUCAGCAUACUGCAAAGAUGCUUCUGGGCACACGCCAUUAUGGUGGGCAGCCAAAUACCACCAAAAGGCAGUCAUGCGUCUGCUCAGCCAUCGUGAUGUGCUGACAUUACGACUCCUUGUGCAGGCCAAGGAGACUGCUCUGAUCGAGUCUCUGUUGGAGUCCGGCUGUGAUGUGAACGCCCCUGACAUCUUUAAGAAGACACCCUUGCACCUCGCCGUCUCUCUGAAUGACGUCGAGCUAGUCAAUGUUCUGAUAUCCGCAGGUGCAGACAUGAACGCACAGGAUAUAAAUGGCCUAACAGCACCAGAACUAGCACUAGACUUACACAGCUCUGAAAUGCUCAUGGUAUUCUUGGCGAAUCACGCCGAUACCAGAUCUGUCAACGUGGGAAAGUUGCGGAAGUCAUUGGGCUUGUCGAGCGACGAACCCCUUCAGCUAUGCCAAGAAGAGAAGCGAGGCGUGUUUUUGAGAGGCCUUAGACGGGGCAGGCAGUUCAUAGAGGAGCCAGGAACUGAGAGGUCUAUCUUACAACGGCUUUCUCCACGAGAUGAACAGCAAGCCAUAAUGCUGGACUUGAGAUACAAAGACAUAAAGCCACCCAAGCACUUUCAACUUGUCAUACUGCAACCAGAUCCAAGUUUAGGCCAUCUCCUCCAAGCGUGGACUUGGGACUUUGUCAUUCAGCUCACUCUUCCUCCUUACCCAUGCCCAGACGAUCAUGGAGAAGGCACAUGCGAGAUGAAGCCAGAGAACAACUAUCUCAUAUCCUGGAACGUCAAACUCUGCGGCAACGAAUAUGAUAGCCAGUACUGGCAGACAACGAGUCACCUCACUACACUACCACAUAUCUGGCUUCCCAGAAACGGCGAAGACUUUUUCCAAUACUUCAUUACCCAUAUUAAAGGGGAGUGGUUGAAACUCUGUGAAAGCUACAUCGUGUGGCUCAAUACUAAGCGGAGGUCCGAGAUAUUGAUCGCUAGAGGCAGCGACCCCGAACUCCUGGAUCGGCUACUCCAUGAUGGAAAGAACUGGGUGGACCAGCGGAUGCGACUACAGACCACCGUGUCCGUUGCUCGUAGAUUUGCUCGCGAGUAUUCAAAUCGUCACGGGGGAAGUUAUAACUUGGGUGAGCUCCUGGGAGCAGUCGACAGUCUUUCAAACGACGUCAGUAGCAAACUUGACCAGCUGGACAAGACUUCACAAGACCUUCUUCAAAUGGAGUUCAACCGCGUGUCAAUUAGGGAAGCACAGAGGUCUGUCUCUAUGGCGGCAAGUAUGAAACGCCUGAGUUGGAUUACCUUCAUAUUCCUUCCCAUCACGUUUGUGGCGACCUGUUUUGGAAUGAACAUUGAUAUACUAGAAUCAAACCCUGCGUGGUGGAUCUAUCUUCCAUUUGCCACUGUUACCAUCGUAUUGAUGACAACGGUGUGGCUAAUUUUCAAGCUGACGAACCUAGAAGAACGGACGGAGAAGAUGGCGAGGAGGAUCUCGCCUAGGCAAUGGGUGACAUCCGCGGUGGAAAGAAUCAAUCGACAUAAACAUGACGAAGAUGAUGAAACCGACGUGGAAAUCAGUGCUCGAAGUAUCUUGUCUCGAAGGGAUUCUGGUCUCCUGGUUCGUUGAUCAUACACAUCAAGCUGUGGCGUCCAAAACAUGAAUCCGCAGGAGCAGCUUCUCAUCGGCAUCAAGAAGGCUGAGGAGUAGAGUCGCAGAGUAUUGUACGCAAUGACCGUCGUGGGAAAUCACACAUUUCACGUACAAGGACAAUGAAGAAGUGAUUGGCGGGCCCCGGAAGCUUGACUAACAUGACAGCCGGGAGCUUACCUAAAUUAACACAGGAAGGCCCCUCCAUUCGGGUAUUCCGGGCGAAUUGAUUGGCCAAUCGCCCUUUUGGCUGUCGUUUGCCGCGCG